AUGGGCAUGGGCGACCCGACGCGGCCGCUGGGCGCCUCGCCCGCGCGGCCCCCCCCGCCCGCGCAGCCGCCGCAGCCGCGCUCCGCCUUCGACGAGCUGGAGGACGUGAUGCGCAUGUCGCUCGGGGGCUCCCCCGCCCGCCAGCCGCAGCCGCCCAUCACCCAGCAGCCGCUGGCGCAGCACCAGCAGCAGCCGCCGCCGCCCGCCGCCCAGCUCCUCCAGGGCGCGCACCAGCCGCAGGCGUUCGGCUCGCCCGCCCGCCAACCGGCGCCGAUGGGCCAACAACAGCAGCAGCAACCGGGCAAGGUGCUAACGGGUGACUUAGACUCAUCGCUCGCCCAACUGGCCAACAAUCUGACCAUAAACAAAACCGCAACAGCUCAGAAACCCAUGCAGUGGUCGUCGCCAAAGAACCAGUCGAAGCCCGCAUGGAGCCCGCAGCCGAUGCAGGCCACGACCGGCGCCGGAUACAGGCCAAUGGGUCCCGGCAUGGCAUUACCACCAAUGCCCCAUACACUGCCUCAUACAUACCACCCCCCGCAUUAUGUUAUGCAACAACCGAGCAUGGUAAUGCCGCAGGCGAUGAUGCCGAUGGCCGGUAUGGCACCCAUGCGCCCUCAGAUGCCCCCGCAGCCCACCAACCAAUCGAUUCGCGCCGCGGUCUUUGUCACCUCGUUCCCGGAAUUGGUAGCGACGAAGCGUACUUGGGGACGGUUUGAGAACUCGCCGCCAUCUCUCACCGGGAAUGUUGCGGUGAACUCGGUGCCGGUGUGCCAGUCGAAC